AUGCUCGAUCGUGAAAAAUGUGCACUGUACAACCUAAGCGUUGUCGCACUGGAUGUUAUUCAUCCUGGAAUUCAAGCUCAGAGUUAUGUGGUCAUCGAUGUGGAUGAUGUCAGCGACAGUGCUCCUCAAUUCAUGCAACCUGUUUAUCAUGUUUCAGUCAGCGAAUCUACGCCUGUCGGCACUCAGCUGCUUAAAGUUGAAGCAGUGGAUCCUGACAUAACUGAUACUUCGCUUAUUUAUGGAAUCACGGGGCCACAUUCGACAGUGCUAUCAGUGGACCCGCAGACGGGAAUCAUUUCGUUAAUGAAGUCGUUGGAUUUCGAAACUGAACGAAUUUUUAAAUUUCGCCUUAUUGUUUCCGAUCCAAUUCAGCUAACAUCGGAAGCGGAUUUACUGCUAUAUGUCAAUGAUACAAACGAUGUAGCCCCGAAAUUUAUAACCGCAUUGGUUCAGAGCGUUGUGGAGGAAGGCGACGUUGCUGGACACUUUGUUGCAAAGCUGGAUGCUCAUGAUGAGGAGUAUUGUGGGAAUAAAAACCGUUUUGUGAGAAAUGAAAGACUGAAAAAAAUGGAUCUGGAUUUACUGGAACGAAUGAGCAUGAGCUUAGAGAGUUAA